GUCCGCCCGCCAAUCCAGUCCGGGUCCCGAGAGGGAGAGGCGGCGCCGAGGGAGAGAGCUGAGCCUGUCCAGGUGUUCCAACCUUGCUGUGGUUUUAUGCUGAAGAAUCUUGCUAGCCAGAGGCUGGAUUGAGGCCGUCCUCAAGCUCUUCACAGUCAGUCACCCGAUGAGAUGGAGAUGCAGUUUGGUGCCAAAUUGAACUGCAGAAAGAGGAGGAAGGACGGGACAGGUUCCAAUGGCACCACCAAUGAUGACCCCACCAUCCCAGUGAAGAUCUCACGAUUGACCCUUUCGAUGCCGGCUCCCUUCGCAAAUGAGAACGGAGUGAUAAGUGACAAACCAUACGAACGUGUGACAUUUGAAGAGGCCAAGGUUGGGACACCCUUGGAUCGCCCGGUUCGAGUUUACGCUGACGGCAUCUUCGAUCUCUUUCAUUCGGGCCAUGCACGGGCACUCAUGCAGGCAAAGAGCCUUUUCCCAAACACGUAUCUAAUAGUGGGAGUGUGCAACGAUGACCUGACCCACCAGUUCAAAGGGUUCACUGUGAUGAAUGAGGCCGAGAGGUACGAUGCAGUCAGGCACUGCCGCUAUGUCGAUGAGGUAGUACGAAAUGCACCCUGGUCCCUCUCACCCGAGUUCCUAGAAAUGCACAGGAUUGACUUUGUUGCUCACGAUGAUAUCCCAUAUUCCUCUGCAGGAAGUGAUGAUGUUUACAAACACAUCAAAGAUGCAGGCAUGUUUGCCCCAACUCAGCGAACAGAAGGCAUCUCCACCUCAGACAUCAUUACCAGAAUUGUGCGGGAUUAUGACGUGUAUGUGCGGAGGAACCUGCAACGUGGUUACACUGCCAAAGAACUGAACGUCAGCUUUAUAAAUGAAAAGAAGUACAACCUGCAGGAGAGAGUCGAUAAGGUCAAACAGAAAGUUAAGGACGUGGAAGAAAAGUCAAAGGAGUUUGUUCAGAAAGUUGAGGAGAAGAGUAUCGACCUGAUUCAGAAGUGGGAGGAAAAGUCGAGGGAAUUCAUCGGAAACUUUUUGGAGAUGUUUGGCCCUGAGGGAGCCUUGAAACACAUGCUGAAAGAGGGCAAAGGUCGAAUGCUGCAAGCCAUCACUCCGAAGCAGAGCCCGAGCAGCAGUCCGACGCGGGAACGUUCCCCCUCGCCCACCUUCCGAUGGCCUUUCUCCAAGACCUCCCCACCCUGCUCGCCAAAACCUGACUUGGAUGCGGCUGCCUACGAUACCAGUGACGAUGACACCGAGUAAAGGUCUCACUCUCUCUCUCUCUCUCUCUCUCUCUCUCUCUCUCUCUUUCUCUCUCUCUCUCACUCUCUCUCUCUCUCUCUCACUCUCUUCCCUCCUUCCUUGAGUCUUCACAACUCCACCUCGCUCCUCCACCCCCUCCCACCCUCAGUUCACUCUGUUGAUCGCUGGUAGUCCAGGAGGCUGCAGAAAUGGGACGUAUUGCUUCACGCCCAAGGAGAAGGUCUGAACAAACGGGGUCAAGCUGGACUUGGGAAUUAAAACAUUAAAAGUCAAUCACUUUCCACAGGGAAACAGCUCAAAAAAACUAUGCAAACUUUUUUUUUCUUUUUAGCCUAUUCAACUAAUUAAAGAGAAAACUCCUUGAAAAGAUCAAGGAAAAAUAGCUUCCUUUGAUAUUUUAGCCUUGUGCCAUGUCUCUCAGCAGUCAGGGUUACAGGUCGGAGCUUGUGCGUAUCUUUGGGGGAGAGGCUAGAGAUGUACCCAGCCCUUCCAACGCAAUGUAGGGAGCGUUCAAACAACUCACCACUGCAAUCUGUCACAUUGGACCACGUGCCCUGCAAUGGAGGGGUUGAUCCAUGCCGAUCGCAGACCAGCUGAAUUGUCUUCUGAUCUCUGCUGCCCUGUCCAUGGGCUUGAUUACCAUUCUGCUGCAGGACCUUGGAGGGAAGAGGCUGAGGAGAAAGCAGGAGCUCGUGCUACUGAUGCAAGGGGACCUUGCAGGUUAGUGAUGUUGAGCACUUUCAGGAGUGUGACAUCUCAUUGAUGCGCGAGAGGAGAGGGAACCAGGGGGGUGGGAGGGGGACGGGUGGAGAUUCUUAGUCUUACACAAUCUAAUCGAUGGGUUGGGGAUGUGCUCCAACACCUCCCCUCCUGUGCAGCAGUUGUGAUUCCUUCCUGCACGGUCUUGGCAGUUGUCACAGAUAGGGGAAUGCAUCUGGACAGUGAGCGGCUGAAGUUUGCCAAAGCAUCCUCCCUCAGUGCAAUGGCGGGGCUAAAGCUGAACCCGGGGCUGGGUCCUUCUGUGGGCCCAGCCUGCAGAGCUAGCUGGUUCCCGCCUCUGAUCUCUGUCCCAUGUUUGCACCAUUAGUGAGUCUGCACUGUAACUCAGUGCUACCUACAGUUCGCUCUGCCACUCGAGUUGUCAAAUCGGAGUGAAAAUCGAGCUGUUUUGUGCCUAGUAAACAGCAGUAGCUUGAGCACCAUUGGGUGUCAGCUAUGUAUAUAAAGUAACCUAUAAUCGUUUUAAUAAUGCUGAAACUAAAGGGCCGUUGGAAGCCUACUGGUUAAACUCGUUGCAUAUCCUGUCGGUGUUGCAAGUUGGUGUGGGGUAUAUUUAAAGGGGGAAUCACAGUAUGUUGCUUGCAUGUUAUAGAAGUUUGUUGCUGGUGUUAUUUCAGGAUGUUCAAUGGUGAGAUCAGUGUUUACACUCUGAUGGUUGAUGGGACUCCACUCAGCUCACCCAGUCUCUCUGCAUGAGUUUUCAGAAAGUAAACGGAGAUAGACUCCGAGCAUCUCGCUCGUGGACAGCUGGCUCACACGGCGCCUGAAAGCCAGGCACACCGCUGCUUUGAUUCCAACCCUUUCUUUGUCACUGACCCUUAGUCUGUCUUUCUUAGAUGUUAACAAAUUUUUAAAUAUCUAGCAGGUUUUUCCUGAUUUAAAAAUCCCUUUGCCAGAGGAUAACAAAUGACCAAAUGUCUGAGAAUUAAUCACGGGGAUGGGUGGCAGCUUCUCCCUGUCACAAGUUGUUGGAUUCUGAAGCUGUUGUCCUGUGGCCCUAUUUAUCUUUGACCUCAGGAUUUUGUCCAAGUUCCACUCUAUUUUUUAAUUAAAGCAAGACUUUUUAACACAUCUGCACUGUAAACAGAUGGAAACAGUGCUGCAUUAUCACUGUGUUAUUCUAGUAGCAAUGGUGCAUAGGUAGUCUGCAGCACUGCCCAGUCCCCUGCCCUGAGCUGGGACUUAUAAAGGUGCUUUAAGAGAAGUGUAGUGUCUCGCACAGCUGAGGGGAUAUCCCAAAGCACUUUGCAGCCAGUAUAGUAUUGUUGCUGUUGUAAUGUCAGAGAAGGGAGAAUGUUGUCGAGUCCCAGGUGGCCAGUGUCAGUUUCCGUGUUCUCACUCCCACAGCUCGGGUCUCUGCGUUCCCCCUACCCCGUGCAUCCCCCUGAGUUUUCCCCCAUAACUCCCCCUGCCCCCCAUUUGUUUCCCCGUCCAUCUGCAUUAGCUGGCACCACACUGGACCCAGCUCAGCGCAAGUUGCCCCUUGGCUAGUGGCCGAGAGGUGUCCCCAGCCACAGAAUCGUGGACCACCUACGGUCGUACCCUCUCUGGGGGUUCAGUCGGCCCCUGUGGAAGUUGCCUGGUAACUGUGCCAACCCCCUCGUAACAGGGAGGGUGAGGAGUGAUGGUCAGAUGGCCUUGAAGGAAUUGCAGACUCGUCACCUUGAACUUGGCCAGGAGUUCCCUGGGAGGGAGUGCCGGACAUGUCCAGGGGGAAUCUGUCGCGUCCCAACCAGUGGGAGCCCUGGGCUACCGGUCCCACUUUCACUCCCACCUCACAGAGGUUCUGGAGGCAGGCAAAUCUGUAAGCAGGGUAGGGCUGUGGGUAUUGUGGGUGGGGUUCGGUGGUCUUACAGUUUACAGUGAAAUCGGUCCCAAACUGUUCAAUCCACCUCUUCAGCAGUGACUGGGGGAGAAGACUUGGUGUGGUGGUGUGAAGUUGUCUGUGUGUAAUUUAUGCAAUGGCCAAACUCUGUUUCUGGGGCCAUCCUCGAUGAUCGUUUUAAGGUAAACCACAUUAAAAAAAAGUCUGUCUUUUUACAAUUGUUAAGACUUCUGUUCACAUUUUGUUAUCCACUUAAGAGGGGAAGGGUUUAAUUUUCCAAGAAAAGAUUGAAAUACAGAGGUUGUGGGUUUGGUUCCAAACUGAGGUAUUUUUAAAAGUUGCAUGAUGUCAAUGUGGAUUCUAUGCUGAUCUUUUAAUCAACUUAUGACUGUUAAACAGUGGGAAAUUGUCUGAUUAAACUGCAGUGUUAUAAUGUUCUGCCCCUUGUCUGCUUUCUCUUACAUUGAGCCAGUGUGUGAAUUGUCUCCACAGCUGUCCCAGUGAGGUGGUCUUGGGAGAAUGGGGCCCAACCCCUAACCCCUCCCUGACCCAUGGGUGAUUGGUCAGCAGGCUGUUCAAACACGGUGGGAGGUUUGCGCUAAUCCCUGUAGGAACCAAUUGCAGUGGCAGUAACUGGGUGAGUCGGA